CUUUAUGAAUCAUUAAAACGAUGCAAAGUCACGACGCAAUCAAGUUGAUCUGAUUUUUUCAGCACCCCCAUGAAACGGUAUAUGUACAAAUAUAUGGGGUCCACGAUCUCAUACCUUCAACAAAAGUUAACCUAUACAAAUGAUGAAAGUUUCUCAUUGAUUAUGGAAAUAAGAUCCUAAUUUGCAUAAAUUACAUAAGUUGAUCAUCUUCUCCACCUCACUAACAGAAGUUGUCUAAAUAAUAAAUUUCGAAUAAGUAGGGCGUGUACCCGAUACCGCCAUCAGGUGAUGUGUUCUGCCCUGGAUAAAUAAAUAAACUGAAACCUAAAUGCCGAACCAGUCUGACUGGUUUUGAAUGAAUGCACUGGUCGAAAACUAUCUAGGACAUGACUUGCAACCUCCUAUGUUAGUUACAACUUACUAACCUUAGUAUAUGGUUCUACGUCUAAGCUUCUAUAUGCUGAAGACAGGGAACGUAUACCGUUGUUUGGGAUAUGAUAAAACUAGGAUCUCGUCCCAGAUGUACACGGAUAGUUGACGGAUAACUCACAGCAGCCGACAAUCACAGACACGCCCAGCAGCUUGUUUCCGCACACCGACAUAGCACAGAAAUUACGUAAGUACGAAACUGCAGCUAUGGAAGGAAACAAGAUUGUCAGCUGGCCCCCAAACAGGACUUAUGUCGGAUGUGGAACGUCAAAACGACUGAGGAAGCUUAUUAUAUGUGCCACUUCGCUCACAGCCUUUUAUAUGCUGAUGUGGCAUGUGGAAAGGUAUAUCAAUAUCACUUACGGAAAAAAGCCGCCAACAACACGUGUGCUGCAUACACAGCUGGCCCAGUCUGCCAGGCUACCCAGGCUAUCCCAGCCUCCUCAGCCCACUCCGCCUGUCCAGUCUAUACAGCCUGCCCAGCCUACUCAGCCAGCCCACCCCCUUCAGUCAGCCCUGGUAUUUGGGACUUUGGCACCCGAGUCUUCAUGGAAGUUUAAAGCCAAAGCUUUGAAAAAAGUCAAAAAAAUCACGGAGAAACUGAAUCUGACGACUAAACUACGGAAAUGGAAGUUGGGGAACUUCACAGAGGAUGUCGACAUCGGUCACUACAACACAUGCGCUGUCGUAGGCAACAGUGGCGUUCUCCUUGGAAGUCAGUGUGGAGCGGAGAUCGACUCCAUGGAUUACGUCAUACGAAUAGAUUUACCGGCCAUCAAAGGUUACGAGAAAGAUGUUGGCAAGCGGACCAGCAUGGUAUUGUUCAACUUGAAGGGGCCAGACCGAAUCCGACAGUCCUCACUUUUCAAAAACAGAUCGCAGGAUGUGUACGAGAGUCGCUUUAGAAGCGCCGAAGGUGCCGUUCUGUUUGCAGACAAAAGGUCAAGAAAGGAUAUCGAGACAGCUGUGGAAGCGUAUAAACUUUCAUUUCCGUUAUUAAGUCGUCCAGGGAGACUAAGGACCGGAAUAAGCGGAACUGCAUCUGAAAUAGCGAACAAGAAGAUGAGGGGAGUACCUUCAGUUGGUCUGGUCAGUGUUCUGAUGAUGACAACGUUCUGUGACCACCCUUAUAUGUACGGAUUCUACCCUUUCACAGAAGACGCGAACAACAACUCUAUCCUGUACCACUAUUAUCCAGGAGACUUCGUAGAUCCUCCGCUACAUCAUGCUUUUGCCCCAAAACACAAAAUGAACCAGGAGUACGACUUUAACAGGGAACUCCACAAGCGGGGUGUUCUGAAGAUGCAGGUCGGUCCGUGUGGAAAACAAUGAGCUGCUCGCUUGAUACUUCGGACAUUACGCUUGCAACGUUACUUGCUAAACUACAGCAGACGAUAGGAAUAUGAGAUAACGGUUAACAAGGAUGUAGCGAGUGAUAUUUCUCGGAGCUCUUUCCACUGAGUGUAUGCAUAUUGUCAUUACCGAUAUUAGUCAGUAGGGUUGAAUAAUGUGUUGGCGUGUAUCAUAUCCAUGUUUUGUCGGAGGAAAUUGACCUUUUCAUGUCUAAAACAUUAUACUUUAGAAGUGUACAACGUUAAGAAUUCCAUACUCAAACUGUUCAUGUACAGGACCAGGUUUUCCUUUUAACUUGUACUCUUUUGUAUUUUCCUUUCAGCAAACAAAUAAACGCACCACAUACAGCAUUA